CUUGCAGCAGUACUUCCCUCUUCCCUAAUAGGUUACCGCUCUAUGUAGCACCGUGAAAAGACGCCCCAUUCAUUCGUGUUUUUAAGCGACCAAACAACGGAAUUUCAUUUUCUUUAGACGGUAUUAUCAAAUAAACAGGAAUGAUUGAGCCGAAAAAAAGAACGGCUGACAUGGCGGUGGUACCCUCUGCUGCCAUGAAGAGACCCCGGACGGAGCUAGUGGCGGCGGCCCAGUCUCAGCAGCUCGUGGCCGGGGGGCCCCCGAGGACCUCCAGCCUGCAGGCCCCCAUCAUGCUGAUGUCAGGCCAUGAGGGCGAGGUGUACUGCUGCAAGUUUCACCCCAACGGUGCCACCCUGGCCUCGUCCGGCUUUGACAGGCUCAUAUUGAUGUGGAAUGUCUACGGAGACUGCGACAACUUUGCAACGCUGAAGGGUCACAGCGGAGCAGUAAUGGAGCUCCACUACAACACAGACGGAAGCCUGCUGUUUUCUGCAAGCACGGACAAGACGGUGGGCGUGUGGGACAGCGAAACGGGCGAGCGGAUCAAGCGGCUGAAGGGCCACACCUCCUUCGUUAACACCUGCUACCCCGCCCGCAGGGGACCCCAACUCGUGUGCACCGGCAGCGACGACGGGACCGUCAAGCUGUGGGACGUGCGCAAGAAAGGUGCCAUCCACACCUUCCAGAACACCUACCAGGUUCUCGCCGUCACCUUCAACGACACCAGCGACCAGAUUCUGUCCGGAGGGAUCGACAAUGACAUCAAGGUGUGGGACUUGAGGCAGAACAAGCUUAUGUACAACAUGCACGGACACGGCGACUCGGUGACCGGACUCAGUCUAAGCUCGGAGGGGUCUUACCUGCUCUCCAACUCCAUGGACAACACCGUGCGUAUUUGGGAUGUUCGACCUUUUGCACCCAAGGAAAGAUGCGUGAAGAUUUUCCAGGGCAACGUACACAACUUUGAAAAGAAUCUCUUGAGGUGUUCGUGGUCCACUGACGGCAGCAAAAUCGCCGCAGGAUCAGCUGACAGAUUUGUUUACAUUUGGGACACCACGUCACGCCGCAUCCUCUACAAGCUACCGGGACAUGCUGGCUCCGUCAACGAAGUCGUCUUUCAUCCGGAAGAACCCGUCGUGCUCUCUGGUGGCAGCGACAAACGACUCUACAUGGGAGAGAUUCAGUAGCAAAAGUUGCGCGUGAGUUAGGGUUGCACAAUAUUGGAAAAUGAAUGUGUAAUUACCCAAGAUCCAUUAUUGGAUGGUAAUGUACAUUUAAAUUUGCAGCUGACUGAUAAAAAUAAGAACAAAGAAUAAAAUGUAUUCUAUAAGAAAAUGUCUUUGCGAUAAACAUUUUGCAUCAGACGAUAUCGUGAUAUUGAUACUUUUCCGAUAUAUUGUGCAGCCUUAGUGUGUGUGCAGUUGAGUGAGUGCCUGAGAACAUCAAUGUUUUUUUUUUAAUCCCAAUGUAUUGGGUCUUUUUAAUAAAAUCCACAUGUUCUGGAAAGAAAA